AUGGGACCGGCAGCAGCAGGGACUGCAGCUGGUACGAGCACUUCCAGUCCUGAGUCAACGCCGAACGGCGGAGCUGACGUCCUACGGGCGGCACAGGCAGAGCAUGAGAUGCGCACCACCCCUGCGUACAUCUUGUUGGGGAUGCCAGCGGACCACAUGAAGACCAAGCAGCUCGAACAACUACGGCUCACUGAAUUCGAUAAAUACCGCCGGUUCGCUCAAAGAUGGUUGCAGCGUAGAAACGACAAGAGACAGCAACAGCAGCCGCAACAGCAGCAGUCCCAGCCGCAACAGCCGCAGCCGCAGCACAAUUGGGGCCUGCUGCAUCAGCAGCAGCUACUCCACGGAGCGAACCUUGGACUUGAACCAAAUCAACCGCGUCACCAUCCACAGUUACCAUUCGGAGUUCACGCACACAAUGGUGGUUCCGUGCAGGGUGGCCACGCGCUCCAGGGAGGGAUGAUGAAAAUGGCUCAGCGCCAGGCGCAGGCAUAUGCAUUGGCGCAGGGCAUGCAGCCACCUGCUCUGUCGCCUCUGUCGCCUCCGAUUGCCCCACACCUACCUCCUCCGGCUGCCAGCGCCGCCGGCGAGGCCAUCGAUUUGACGGACGACGCCGCAGCACCGGCGGCAGCCUGCUCGGGCCCGUCGUCAGCCGCGGUUGCGGCCAAUGCUCAGGCAGCUGAGUAUUGAUCAACAGCAAAGCUGGCAUGCGCACCAAGCGUUCACGCAAAGGCAGCAGCAGCAGCAGCACAGCGCACAGC